AUGGGCGCCGGCACGACCCAACAAACACGAGGCCACGCCGGCCACAGCCACGGCCACGGUCAUGGCCACCACCACCACCACCACCACGACAACGUCUACCUCACCUCGACCAACAAAAACGACGCCGGCGUGCGCAUCACGCGCAUCGGCCUGUACUCGAACCUGGGGAUGGCCAUCGCCAAGGGCGCAGGCGGGUACGCCUUCAAUUCGCAGUCCAUGAUCGCCGACGCGUGGCACUCGCUGACCGACCUGGCCUCGGACGUGCUCACCCUGGCCACCGUGUCGUGGAGCUUGCGUCCGCCCACCGAGGCCUUCCCGCAGGGGUUUGGGAAGGUUGAGAGUCUCGGGUCGCUGGGCGUGUCGAGCAUGUUGCUGUUUGGCGGGCUGUUUAUGUGUAUGGGCAGUUGCGAGACGCUAUAUGCGCAUUUCUUUUUGGAUGCCGAGGCCGCGCGCGCGAUGCUGGAGCAUGGCCAUGGCCAUGGUCACUCGCAUGGGCAUCAUCAUGGGCAUGGACAUGGGCAUGGUGGUGCGCCGAGUCUGCAUGCGGCGUGGCUGGCUGCCGGGACGGUUGCUAUCAAGGAGUGGUUGUAUCAUGCUACCAUGAAAGUCGCACGCGACCGCAAAUCCUCCGUCCUCGCCUCCAACGCCGUCCACCACCGCGUCGACUCCCUCACCGGCAUCGUCGCUUUAUGCGCCAUCCUCGGCGCCAACCUCCUCAAAGACGCCACCUGGCUCGACCCCGUCGGCGGGCUGCUCAUCUCGCUUCUCGUCAUCCGCGCCGGGCUGGGGAACACGCUCUCGGCGCUCUACGAGCUCGCCGACCGCUCCAUCGACGCCGACGUGCGCGAGGCGGUCUCCAAGCACGCCGGCCGGGCCCUCGCCGAGGACGUCGCCGACGACCGGGGCGCGCAGGUCGACCUGCGCGACGUCACCGGCGUCAAGUCCGGCCAGAACUACCUCGUCGAUCUUGAGCUGGCCGUGCCCGCCGAGUGGACCGUCGAGCAGGUGCGCGUCGUCGAGGAGGUGGUGCGCGCCCGCGUGGGCGCCAAGGUCCGUGGCGUGCGCCGCGUGCGCGUGCGCUUUGUGCCCCGCUCCGUGCCCGUGCCCGUGGAUAGGUUUGAUGAGUUUAUUCCGGGGGAUGUCAGUCCCAGGAGUAGCCCCGAGCCGGAGGAGGAGGAUGAGAAUGGGGGUGGGAAGGAGGCGCGCAAGUCGCAGUGA